CGCCGGUGUGUUGCGGCGCGCGUUACAAGGGAAGGUGUUGCUGAUGUUACCUGUGCGAGCCAUCUCAACAAUUCCUUAUCUUAAGUAAAUAGACGUUACUACAGUGGCGUUGGCAGCAUGGCGAUACUCGGAGGGGUCGCGCACGGUCCCACAGACGACGUGAUGCUGACCCUCCUAUUGACUUCGAUGCUACUGGGGACCCAAACCAACGCCGCGUCACUCCCUUCGCCGAGUCCAGUGGCGGCGGAGACCACUACCAAGACGAACCGACCAGCCUUUCCCUAUAGAUUCUGGCACGAUGGGAAAGGUUCAAGCGUGCCGACAUCAACCACAUUAACCACCUCGGAGGCAAGCAGCUACGCGUACUAUUACAAGAAGGACGAAGAUCUAGGCACCGACCCCUCCACGUGGAAGCUCCUGCCCAUCCAGAUACCCGAUGACUUGGUAAGCGGCGCCAGUAUACAAGAGGAGGUCACUAUGCCCUCCAUGGUGCCUCCUUACCCUAGCCUCAUCACACCCCAGUACGGCCGCCACCCAGGAGCCACGCAACCCCUGUCUUCAUACCCAAGUGAGGAAUUCCACCAGGGGUCAGACCAAGGGAACCCCAAACCGCAACAGCUACCCUGGAAGAGCCCUGAGUCGGAGGGUUCUAAGCCACACACCCAAGAUAAGAGAGUGAGCCACGGACGACCUGAGCCACAAGAUCUCACCUGGGAACGCUAUGAAGCUGAGGAAGGUCACACGAGCCAAGAGCCACAAAGGGAAGACUGGGAAGAUCAUGAAGUGAGCCAUACGAGACCUGAGAUACAACGGGAAGACUGGAAACAUCCUGAAGUGAGCCACGACAGACCUGAGCCACAACAGGAGAAUUGGGAACAUCAUGGCGAAGCAACCCACGACAGACCAGAGUCACAACGGGACGACUGGGAACAUCCUGAAGUAAGCCACGACAGACCUGAGCCACAACAGGAGAACUGGGAACAUCAUGGCGAAGCAACUCACGACAGACCAGAGUCACAACGGGACGACUGGGAACAUCCUGAAGUAAGCCACGACAGACGGGAGAAUUUGGAACAUCAUGACCAAGUGAGCCACGGGAGACCGGAGCCACAACGGGAAGACUGGGAACAUCAUGAAGUUAGCCAAGUCAGACCUCAGCCACAACGGGAAAACUGGAACCAUCACAAUAAGAUGAGUCACGGGAGACCCAAGCCACAGCAGGAACCAGGGGACCACCACGUCACAGCCGGUAGCCACAGCACCCAUGAACCACAGCAGCAGACUUGGGGAGGUACCCACAGCAUCGAUUACAGCACCGAGAGCCAUGAGCCACAGCAUCCAGACUGGGACGUCCAUCACACAGAGAGUGGCCACAGGAAUUCAGGACCACAGGAACCACAGCAUCAAAACUGGGACCGCCGGGACCCAGAGGCAAACGCUUGGGCCCUUGAACCAGAACACAGCCACAGAUUUGGCGCCCAAGAACAGCAUCACUGGGGCCACGACAGCAUGAAGCACGGCACCCAGCACGCUUCACUGCCCUCUCAGCAUUACUACAACUGGACGCACACGAUUGAUGGCUACGAGAUCAGAAACCACUACGAGAAUGAUCCGUUUACCCACGAAAGCCACGUCACCGGCAUGAACUCCGACCAGCCACAACACGUGAUGCCCACCCGCCCUAUGGCAUGGAACUGGAAGCCUCCGGACGCCCCUGCAUGGCAUCAAAACAUCGUGGAGAGACUGGGCCAGCACCUCCCGAAGCUACCCGCCCUCUCAAAGCUCAGACUCCCGGGGUUGGGCAGCCUUCCACGACUUCCAAGUCUUCCGCAGUGGAUUUCAGGGAGUCACAACCGACGCGUUCAUGACCACGUAGCCGAGGAGGUCGAGGGGGAUUACGUGCAUAAAUUCUACCAUCUCGUACCUGAGAAUAACCCUCUGGAGCACCUGGAGAGUAACCUGGACAGACACCACAGGCCGCAUUACAAGUACCCGCCACGGCAGGAGAACACACUUAGCUUCGACCAUGGCACAGAAGAGGCACCGCAACACCAGGGUCACAGUGCUUCUCCUGACAGCGGUGACGGUGCCUUUUACACUCCUCAACGCCCUGCCAGACCUCACCACCACGGCCCUCAGAUUCACAGCCAUCACAACACAAGAAACGAACCACAGAUGAGCCACCAGGAGCCACAGUACAGCACACAGCACACUCGACGUCCCUCCCACAACCACCCCAGUCCCCAAAGGAUUCUCAAAGUCCCACACCGCCAGGCUUACGAAGGGUACCUGGAGAAGCACCAUGGCCAACCUAAUAGAGAGAAGUGGAUGUGGGAGGACCAGCAGGAGCACACCACCCCAUCUCAACCCGCACAGAGAGACCCACUGAAUAGAUACCCGAGCCCGCUACACAACUGGCUGCCGCAGGAACCAACCAGACCGAGUAGUGGCUAUGUCUCCCGCAACAACACGCGUCACCCCCAUCACUACCGCCCACAGACACACACAGCUCCCCCGCAGCGACCGUACAGCCCUCAACCCGGCCACGGACACCCAUAUCACCAACAGCAGCAGCAGGAGCAAGGGAGUGGGAGUUCAUGGUUGUCGGCGGUGCAAAAUUACCAGGGACCUGAAGACUAUGACAACAUUCUCGACCCUCUCAGCAGCCUCCUCAGCAGACCCUCGCCCUUCCCUAUCAUCGGCUCCUCCCCGUACCAGCAGAGCAUCCUCGAGAGAAUAACAGGCGUGAGCACCUCCUCCACCGCCGGCCUCUCCAUCCCCGGGGGCCUCCUAGUGCUGGGCCUGGCUCUCGCGCUCUUCUACUUCAACUUCGUGUGGUACCCGACGCCCGUGGUCACCGCCAAGAUCUUCAAGAUGCUGAAUGAUAACACUCCUGCCGGCAGCCUCAGCACGGGACAACAGAGAGCCAUCGGGGAGGUGUACCAGGUGUUCCGCAGCCUGGAGAAGGAGUACAAGCACGACCCGUCCGCCUCGUCCGCGCCGUGCCGCAGCAGACUGGUGUGUCAGGUGCACGAGGAGCUGCCAGGCCUGUGGAGCGUCACGCAAGCCUACGCCGCCCUCGUCAAGUCCAGCCUCGCAUCGGGCUCUGAGGGAGACAUCGGCUUCAGCGGGUACGAGGCAGCGGCCCGACGCGGCUCCCAGGGCGGGGACUGCGCGGCGCUCUACAAGGAGUGUGCCCUGCCCGCCGCCCCCGUCAAGGCCACCCUCAGGAAGCUGCUCAACCUCCUCCUCGCAGCCUGACAUCCCCGGCAACGCUCAAGCAACAGUGACUAGUGAUGUGCAGAGCGACGGAUGUGUGAAGGGGUGAUUUGUGAAGAAGGGAUAUGUUAAAGGAUGUGUAAAAGUGUGUAAAGAGUCAGUAAACGCCCAUGGAACAGUGACUAGGGAUGUGCCGAGUGAGGGAUAUAUGAAGAGGGGAUGUCUGAAGGGGUGAUUUGUGAAGGGGUGAUUUGUGAUGAAAUGAUAUGUAAAAGAAUGCGUAAAAGAAUGUGUAGAGGAGUGAUAUGCGUGUGUCUGUACAUGGCUGUGAAUUUCAGACUGAGAACAGACAAGAAAUACGCCCAGAAAUACGUUAGUGAUGUCAAAACGAGAAAAUUGAGCGUGCAAAGGCGAAGUCACGGUGAACGAUAUAACCUGAACAAUAUAACCUGACGCGUGUUUAUUUUUUUACAGCAAAGGAAAUAGUUCAAGGUCAAAAAAAAAACAUUCCAGACAAAAAUGCCCGCUAAUCACUGCUCCUGUAAAAAGAAAUAUAAAGGAAGAGUGGACGUGUGUGUGUGUGUGUGUGUGUGUGUGUGUGUGUGUGUGACUUCGGCGCCGUGUAAAUAGUUUGACCACGUGUACAUAGUUGAUUCACGAGAGAGUUGGUUACCUUGCCGAGCUCCAAUGCAUAAUAGAAAAUUGUUAUACUUGUAAAAUAUAUGCUUGGAAAAUGAAAAAUUGACGUAAGGUAACCUAAUCAUCACACCUGUUCUGCUUACCUGAAGGUUGAGUUUUGUUCACUCUGAUUAUUUACUUGCGAUAUUAUACUUUUGUUAAUCUAUUUAUUUUGAUGUAUAUUUAUUUAAUUCAUUUAUUUAUAUAUUCACGUAUAAUUUUAUUCUCUUGACAAUUAUUUAGAGAUAUAUUUGCUCUUUUAUUGAUGUAUUUAUGUAUUUAGAUAUCUAUUUAUUUACUUUAUUUGUUUAUUCAUUCACGUAUCUAUUAAUUUACUUACCUAUCUAUUUAUCUACCCGUCUAUUUAUUUAUCAUGGUAUCAUAUAAAAGCAGAAACCGUUGUCUAAUUAUCUAUUUCGCAAUUCACUUAUCUAUUAAUUUAUUUACUUAUCUUUCUAUUUAUAUAUUCAUUUAUUUAUCUAUAUAUAUUUAUUUUUCUAAGUAUCUCCUAGAAGAGUAAGUCGUGCGUUCUCUCAUUAGCUUAGCAGCCUCGAGGAAGCGUGUAGCCUCAGUAACGCGACGGUCGGGGCGCUGAUAGGUAUAAUAUGUGCCCGUCGUUAUAAACUGCACGUGCCAUACUGUAAAUACAUCCUCCUCACCGCAUCCAUUGUAGUCUCCCUCCCUCCCUCCCUGAUACGUAUUUCUGAAUUGUAUGCGUGAUUGGCACCUCACAGGGACGCGUAUUCCCUCCCUAUCUCUCUACUUUUAUGCGCGCCCACUCUUGAACGGGGCAGGUUACGCUAUUUUAGGUUAAGUUAGGUUAGGUUAGGUUUCGUUGAAGACACCUGAGGUAAUUUCCAGAACACUCCAUGGUUAGUUUUGAAGCCACAGCCGACCGUCUUCACUCAGGGACCACAUACCCGCAGAGAGAUUGAGAAUAUGCCUCCUGGACCCGAGCCGCUGAGCCGUGGGUGACGCGUGGGUCUCGGCUCAUAAACUAACCUUGUAAUUAUUCUCAGUCUGUUUUCCGGUAGAGAGUAGGAGAAUACAUC